AAACAAGCCUAUUUAGAGACGGAGGGAGUAUGUUUUAGGGUUUCUGAUUUCUCCAGUAUCAGUAGCAGAGUCUUGGAGGCGGAUAACAAGAAUGGCGAUUAGAGUAAUUUUGACCAAGAUAUCUUCUUUUGCUUCUUCGAAGACAUCAUCAUUAGGUUUCAUUGAAGGGACACAAAGGAUUCGUCGUUACUGUUGGGAUUUAGAAGGUUACCGCAGAAGAAAGAUCGAUAAGGGGGUGGAUUUGCCCUUUAAGGAGGAUGCCUCUACGGAAGAAAUGAUAGCAGCACUCAAUGCAAUGAGUUGGGAGGAUAAGUGCAAAAUUAAUUGGGACAAGUAUUCAAAAAACAAACGUCCUUUUGAGGAAACUAGGACUGAGGAUACGAAGGAAAUUGAGAGGGUAAUUUUGAAGUUGAUGCGUGAUGAGCACAAGGAGUUUGCGGGCAGUGUGGAUGAACGAAUUAGUGAUAUAGAUGAGUAGGAGAUAUGGAUGAUGUUCAAAGGAAAGGUGUUAGUUCUACGAAUAGUAUAAGGUUACUGGAUUGCACGUAUUCAAGAAUUUGAUUUCAAAUGGUCUAUUCACUAUGUUUCAGUUAUGGUAGCACCUGAGCCACAAUGCUUUGAGGAAAUAAAGAAUAAAAGCUUGCUUGCUUGUUAGUUGUUUUUGAGCUCAAAACAUUCCGACUAUGAUUUAGUAGUGUUGUUUUAAUCUUUUAGGUGCUCAUGUUGAUACUCAAAAACUAUAUAUAUAUUUAUGUUUGUUCGAUGAAGACAAACUGAGGAACUACAUUUCCAGGUUAUGUAGUCCUCGUUAUUUCGUA